UCCCAAUCGAGAGUGCUCGGGGUCCUCAUUGGCACCAUAGUGCCAACCAUCUUCAGCACGAUCUUCGUACUUGCAAGAUUGUAUACAAGAAGCAUUCUCACGAAGAAUUGGGGUUGGGAUGAUACAUUAAUAACCGUAUCAUGGCUCGCUAGUCUCUGUCUCGCCGUCUUGGACUGUCUCUUCGUCAAAUUUGGCUCCGGACGCCAUUCAUUUUUGCAAACUCUUCCAGACGUUAUCGCAACAUUGAAACUCGCAUUUAUAUCACGAAUUAUUUAUCAAUUUGUGAUCUGCAUCACGAAAUUGGGGAUAUGCACUUUCUACAUGCGAGUAUUUCAAGAUAAGCAAAGUAAGAUGGUGAUUUACUCCCUCCUCGGGUUCAUCACCAUCACAGCACUCGUUAUUGAACUCACUUUUCUUUUCUCCUGCAAGCCGGUGUCUGGUGCUUGGGCAAUACCUCCAACCUGCGCAUCGCCCCUCGCCAGCUUUUACGCAAAUACCAUCACGGGCGUCAUUGCAGAUGUAUCUUUGAUGGUGUUUGUCAUACCGAGAGUUUUACCCCUUCAAUUACCUGUUAAGCAGAAAAUCAUUCUUCUCGGCGUCGUCAGCCUUGGUGUUCUCAUCAUCGUGGCCGCUUGCAUACGCCUCGACCGAAUCAUCAUGCUCGAUGGAAGCAACGAUAAAACAUGGGACGUCUCAGACCUCACAACAUGGACCUCCAUUGAAGUUAGUGUCGGUCUCUUCUGCGCCUCGGCACCCGCUAUCCGUCCUCUCAUCCGGAAAAUUGCUCCGAAUCUCUUCCCUUCCGAAUCUCAAACUUUGAAUCGUGGAGGGACUUUGAGACAGAGUGGAACUAAGCAUGGAGUAUCGAAGCGAUAUGGAUAUGUGAAUGGUACUGCGACGUCUGGGCCAAGGAGAGGGGUAGGGAGGGGCGAGGCGUUUGAGUUAGAAAGUUGGGAUGAGGGGGAGUUUGGGAAAGGGAGAAGGGGGGAAGUUGGGACUACGUUUUGGAUUAGGACGGGUGGUGAUGAGGAAGAGCGAAGUAAUAAAAAACGGACGGUGUAUGGGAAGAUUGUGAAAACUGUCAGAGUGUCGGUGCACGAGGAUGAAAAUCGGGGGGAGGAUGACGAGAGGGAGAGAUCGAGGAUGGAAAGUAUCAUUGUUAAGUUGGAUGUAUGA